AUGCCUCGUCCUUUACCCACGGCGCUCGGCUUACUGUCACUCGGCGGAAUGGCUCUUAUUUGGAGAGAUAUACGCUGGAGAGUGAAGGGAGAGAACCGAACAGUAGGAAGUCUUCUCAAUCAGUACCUGGCUGUAAAGGUGGUUGGUUGGCUGGGAAAGCGCCAGCGAGACCGCUUGGAGACAGAUACACAGAACAUACAACGAGUCCAGGAAGAAACGCUCCUCAAACGCCUUAAAAAGAAUGCAGACACUUACUAUGGAAAACAAUACGGGUUCCACUCAAUCAAAGACACCGAGUCAUUCCGCCAGCGUCACCCAGUAACGGGCUAUGAGCAUUACAGGACACUGGUGCAGCGCGUGGCGGCAGGAGAGGAGAAGGUUCUAAUUGCAGAGAAGCCACUGAUCCUUGCCAUGACAUCGGGCACAUCUGGGGCCAGCAGCAUGCUCCUGAGCACCAAAGACACCAACACUGAGUUUUUCCUACAGGGAGUGGCAGUGUGUCUGGAUGCCAUGAGAAGAGCUUUCCCUGCCAGUGAGAGCCUCCAGCGCACUCUCAAGCUCUUCUAUACUCCUACUUUCCGCCAGUCAGAAGCCGGCAUACCCAUUGGACCCAACUCCUCCACUCCUGCCUCUUCACGACACAUGCUGAACCUCUACACCACCCCUGCCCCUGCCUUUCAGGUGCCAAGUGAACGGGAUACGUUGUAUCUGCAUCUGCUGUUUGCACUAAAGGACCGUAGUGUGGGCACUCUGGAGUCAAAUUUUGCAUCCACUGUAUUUUAUGCCUUCAGGGCUUUGCAGGAACGUUGGCAGGAACUGGUAGAAGACAUUGAGUUUGGUCGGGUGAGCCCAAAGUUGGAGCUGGAGGCCGGCGUGCGUGCUGCUCUGGAGAAACUCGUGAAGCCGGACCCAGGGAGGGCUGCGGAGAUCCGAGCCCAGUUUGAAGAGGGUUUUGAGGGCAUUGCUCUCAGGAUCUGGCCUCAGUUAAAUCUAGUUCUGGCUGUGGACUCUGGAUCAAACCAGAUCUAUGGGGAGAUGCUCCGACAGCACUACUGCAAAGGCGUGCCCUUCUAUUCACCAUUUUACGCUGCCACUGAAGGUCUGAUAGGUGUAAACCUGUGGCCAUUGCAGGAGAAGAGACAGUACCUGCUCUGCCCCCGUUCCAUGUUUUGUGAGUUUCUGCCAGAAGCUAGUCUAGAUGCUGAAGAACCUCAGACACUCCUUAUGGAUCAGGUACAGGAGGGACAGAACUAUGAGCUCAUCGUCACCAAUGCCUCUGGACUUUUCAGGUAUCGCAUUGGUGACAUCGUUAAAGUAGUUGGAUUCCACAACCAGUGUCCAGUGGUGGAAUUUCAGUACAGGCGGGGUCAGAUGCUGAACGUUCGAGGUGAAAAGGUCACAGAGGCAUUGUUUCUGGGUGCUCUGAAACGAGCUGUGGAGCAGUGGCCAGGGGCCAAACUCAUAGACUACUGUUGUGCUGAGAGCGGCAUUCUGGGUGACUUAUCUGGAGGAGCCCAGCCCCAUUACCAGGUGUUUUUGGAGCUGAAGGGAGUGAGGAACCUUUCUGAGGAACAAAGAGAUAAGUUGGACCGCUGCCUUCAGGAAGACUCGGCAGUCUAUAGGUCUUUCCGUAUCAAGGGCAGUAUUGGACCAAUGAGAGUUCAGCUCGUUAGUGAUGGGGCUUUUCAAGAACUGAAAGGUCGGAUGAUGGAAUUCUCCAGUACCUCACCCAAUACCUUUAAGAUGCACCGGGUUAUCCGCAGGAAAGAGUAUGCUGAUUUCCUCCUGGGAAAAACUAUCUCCUGAGACACUGCUUGGAAGCAUCUAGGCCAUAUUGGACAUCUUGCCAUG